UUGGACUGAAAUGCUAUAAAUUAGCUAAUGAUACGUAUAUUUAUUUACAACGAAAAGCAAAGAGGAAAAUUUUCCGAUUCGAGUUGGCAGAGAAGAUUCGUGUCCGCCCGAAUUUUAUGAGGAACGGCAAAACGAGCAAUAAAAGUUUUCACGUUUGAACUGAGACGAAAAGCAUUGAUUUUUCAACUUAUAGUUGAUGAAAAGUUUCGUGGCUGUUGUAAAUUUGUGCAUUUGAUUAAAAAUUUCACAGCGUCAGGAAUAUUGUGAUUUACUGUGAAUCUUCAAGCAAAAAGAUAAUCGAAAAAUUCAUGAUACGAUCGAGAAGUUUGUUUGAAGUCGAGUGUUUUUGUGAAUUAAUAUUGAAAAACUGAGUAAUUUUAAAUUGAUAUUUAGAAACCGUAAAAAGAGUUCACUUUUGUGUUAAGUACUUUGAAGAAGGAUGCGUACAAGUAACUGAUGCAAAUAUAUCCAUAAUAACAACGGGAAAAAUAAAGUGUGAAUACAUUUAUGAAACGAUUACUGGCGGCUGAUGAAUCGCAAGGAGCUGCAUUUAUUUUUUCUGGAUGUUUUAGGCUUAAAUAAAACAACGAUUAUAAAAAGUGAACAUAUUUAUAUAUAUGCUCAAAAUAUAUAAUAUUUCAUUCGAGUGAAAACCUGAAUGUAAUAAGAAAAAAUAUUUAUUCAUUGGAACACGUGAAGGUACACAAAAAAUAUGCCUCUAUUUGGCAAAAAAGAUUUUAGCAAAAAAAUUAAAAAGGAUAAUAAGGAGCUUAAUAAACAAGCAUCUAUAGAAGAGAAGUACAAUCUGCAUGGACUACUUGGAACAGGUGCGUUUUCUGAAGUACGUCUGGCUGAGAGCAAAGAGAAUCCUGAUGAACAUUUCGCAGUUAAGAUUAUCGAUAAAAAGGCGUUGAAAGGAAAAGAAGAAUCGCUUGAAAAUGAAAUUCGGGUACUAAGGAGGUUCAGUGCAAAUGAUUCCGACAACGGACAGCGAUUAGCACAUCCAAAUAUUGUUCAGCUUUUGGAGACAUUUGAAGACAAAUGGAAAGUAUACCUGGUGAUGGAGUUAGUAACUGGUGGUGAACUAUUCGAUAGAAUUGUAGAAAAAGGUUCCUAUACCGAAAAAGAUGCGUCUGAUCUUAUACGUCAAAUUUUAGAAGCUGUUGAUUAUAUGCAUGAACAAGGUGUUGUUCACAGAGAUUUGAAGCCAGAAAAUCUUCUUUACUACAGUCCUAAUAAUGACAGUAAAAUAAUGAUUAGUGAUUUCGGGUUGUCGAAAAUGGAAGACUCUGGUAUUAUGGCAACCGCAUGUGGUACACCAGGUUACGUAGCGCCCGAAGUUUUGGCUCAGAAACCAUAUGGAAAAGCGGUUGAUGUAUGGAGCAUAGGAGUUAUUUCUUACAUAUUACUCUGUGGUUAUCCACCAUUCUACGAUGAGAAUGACGCAAAUCUUUUCGCUCAGAUCUUAAAAGGGGAAUUCGAAUUUGACUCGCCAUACUGGGAUGAAAUAAGCGAAUCAGCUAAGACUUUCAUUCAAAACUUAAUGUGUGUUAACGUGGAUAAACGGUAUACCUGUAAACAAGCACUGGCACAUCCUUGGAUAUCUGGUAACGCAGCGAGCAAUAAAAAUAUUCAUGGUACAGUGUCCGAGCAACUUAAAAAGAACUUCGCGAAAUCGCGUUGGAAACAAGCAUAUUAUGCAGCGACCGUUAUUCGCCAAAUGCAACGGAUGGCACUGAGCAGUAAUAGUGGAUGUAGUAGUAGUAAGAGUAAUAUACUACCAACGGGAAAUGUAGUAUGUAGCAGCAGCGUUGUGAUGUCAGAAGAAGCUGAAAGACUUUUCAGCGGUAAUACUGAGGAGGCAAUUCGUAGAAAAAAUGUGAACUCAAUUUCCAACAGCAGCAGUUCUCCACAUGAGCUCUCAACUGAUUACAAUGUAUCUAUUGCCAAUGAACGCAAAGAUAACCAACAAUUGGAAAGUAAUAAUUGUAAAUGUAGCUCUCCUGCUUGUGUAAAUGGUAGUGAAACACACAUUUAAGCCAUUCCAAAAUAAAGGAAAAUACAAUCACUUAUAA